CCCGCAUCGCCCUCUACCGUCUCCAAACUCACCACCAACUUCAGACUGCUCUUCCUCAUACUAUCCAAGCUCCCUCUCCUGACCCGGGUUGCCGUUCUGCACGCCUUGAGGCUCUCGGAACCGGCCAAAUAUGUCGAUCUGCGGUCCAACCUGGUGGUUUCGUUCAUCCGCGCUCUGCUGACACCGUCCACUCCACGACCCAUCUCUUACGCUCAGAAACUCAGCACGCGCAACACCGAAAUCAAGGGCAGGAUAUGGAUCAGCUUGUACGCCUCGCCGCCGCCUCCCGAAACGGACCUCAGGGACGCGCUGCUUCAUGUCGUCGAGAGCAUGAGAGACCCAAGCAGCGGCGACGGAAACAGCGUCAGAGUCCCCCAGCUCGUCCCCGUACAAGCGGAAUGGACGGGAUACAGAGCGGCGGCCUCGAAAAGGGAGCCCCAGCCCGUCAUGUCCGAGGCCGCAAAGUACCGCGCCAUGAUGAAGGAGUGCCGAGAGCCCACGACGGUGCUCUACUUCCACGGCGGCGCGUACUAUCUCUGCGAUCCCGCCACGCACCGCCAUGUCGUCAAGAGGCUGGCCAAGCUGACGGGCGGGCGAUGCUACUCCGUGCGGUAUCGCCUGGCGCCGCAGGAUCCGUUUCCGAGUGCGCUGCUGGAUGCGCUCGUCUCGUACUUUACGCUGCUGUAUCCGCCGCCGGAUGCCUACCACGAGGCUGUGAAGCCUUACCAUGUUGUUUUCGCGGGAGACAGCGCUGGUGGAAAUCUAGCCCUCGCCCUCCUGCAGCUCAUCUUACAGCUGCGCCGUCACGACACUCGCAUCCAGUGGUACGGCGAGUCACGCACAGUUCCUCUGCCGGCCGGCGUCUCUUGCGUGUCCCCCUGGCUCGACAUCACCCACAGCUCGCCAUCGUGGCAGGGGGAAGACCCUCAUCCGUUCGACUACCUACCCAAACCACGGCCUGAUGUCAUGGCUAAGAUCCCGCCGUGCGAUAUAUGGCCGGCAAAUCCCCCGCGGAAGCACAUUUACGUCGACGACGAUCUGGUUGCGCAUCCGCUGGUGACGCUCCUCAUGAGUCCCGGCUGGGAAGGAUCACCGCCCAUAUGGAUGUGCACGGGCUGGGAGAUACUCGCCUACGAGGACAAGGCGCUGGCAAUGAAGCUCUUCGCCGACGGCGUGCCCCUGGUGUUUGAGGAGUACGAGGCGAUGCCGCACUGCUUUGCUCUGUUCUUGUCCCAUGCCCCUGGUUCUCGGCGCUGUUUUGACAGCUGGGCCAGCUUCAUCCGCCGCUCAGUGCAAGAUCCGAGGUCGAUUGAGGCGAGCGCAACGAGCAUCAAGGCUGGGACACUCGAGGAGAGGAGCCUGAAAUUCGACGAGCUUCUCGAGGAUAGUCUAGAGGACGUACAGGCGUCUGUGGCAAUCAAG